UUGCAGUCCCCCCCUAUAUCAUCCAGUCCAGAUGUGAGCUCCGGAUUACAGACAACUCGCUGUCAGAGAAGACUGUCACCUCUCGGAUCUGUACGUCCAGCACAACAGCAGACAUGAACGCAAAGCUCGUCGUGGCCCUGGUGCUUGCUCUGCAGGUCUCCAUAAGCAUCUGUGAGAUUCCUGCACCAUCCCAGGAACUCGUUGACAAGUAUGAGUCGAUGAAAUCUGUGUUCUACAAGAGAAUACUGAACGCUUACAACAGACUGCAGGCUGCAGCCGGCGACACCGAGCGUGGCCAGGUUGCCAGGGAACUCAUGGCGUCUCUGCAGAGCAAACCUGAGCUGCAAGCCAUCGUCAAAGUUGCCAGCGGCCUGGGCUCAGAGGCAGCUCCCAUCGUGGACAGGGCCCGUUCAUCACUGCUGGGUCUGUACGAGCAUUACCUGCGCCCCCAGGUUGGCGACAGCUUGAACAGCGCCAUCGACCACAUCAAGCUCUACCUGGAUCAAAUCCUGCCCGCUGAGUAAAGAUCAUCUUGCAUGUCAAAUGUCUGUAACCAGUGAUAGUUCAUAGAAUCCACAACGUUUUAGUCUGAGAGGAGCAAUGCACAAUGCAAAUAUGAUACGUUGCCUCUUUUAAAAUCAAUGUCUUUGCCAAAUCAUGCAGGAUUACAAGCAUGGUAGACAUGUCAACACCAUCUAUGCAAGUUCUGCAUGUACAGUAUUAGGUGUUUAUACACUAACCAAAGUCUGUGUGUGACUGUUUAUGUAUGUAUGUGUGUGUGUUCAAUAAAAUGAACUAAAAACUA